UUCGUGCACGAAAUCGGAGAACGCGUUUGUCGAUGAAUUGUCGAUAGAUAUGCUCGUUCUCUUUGUCUACUCGGACGAAUGCUGAUUGCUUGGAUCAGAAUUCAAGCACGUUCCUUUGGUUUAUUUUUCUCUCUUUGCAUUUUCCUGGGCCACGUCCUUCUGCUUGUUCCAGAUUAUUUUCCUCGUUUUAAUUUUGUUUCUCAUCCCGAAACCCAAAUUUGACCUUUUCCUUUCAAAGUGGGCCCCAAAGCGUCCAUAAAUAAUGCAGGAUGCGGUGCUCGUCACAGUUUCCAUAUCAUGUGGAGCCAUCUCGAUUAGCAGUAAUUAUAAAAUAUUGUUUGCGUAUUGCAUUUUCUUUCGCAAUCCCUGUGGUCCAAACGUGGGGCACCUAUGUUGCUGACUUCUAAUCAUCUCCAAUCUAUGAUUGCUUGCCUCGCUAGAGUAUUAACCAAAUCCCGCGGUUAAGCAAUCCCAUUUUGGAUGCUUCCUUUAGAAUCCAAUGGAGACUUUGUCCACCUUGACUAAUCUACGAGAUCCUAGUAAAACGUCUUGGCUAGCAAAACUAAGAUUUACAUGGUGUUAGAAUGCAUAACCGGAGGAGAAUUAUUUGACAGAAUUGUCUCCAAAGGAAAGCUACCAGAAACUGAGGGGAGAAAAAUGUUUCAGCAGCUGAUCGACGGAAUCAGCUACUGUCACAGCAAGGGCGUUUUUCACAGGGAUCUCAAGCUAGAGAAUGUUCUCCUUGAUACAAAGGGAAACAUUAAGAUCACUGAUUUCGGCCUCAGUGCUCUGCCUCAGCAUUUUAGGGACGAUGGAUUGCUACACACCACCUGCGGUAGUCCUAACUAUGUUGCGCCUGAGGUUCUUGCCAACAGGGGCUAUGAUGGUGCAGCAUCAGAUAUAUGGUCGUGUGGUGUUAUCUUGUAUGUUAUUCUCACCGGAUGUCUCCCCUUUGAUGAUAGAAACCUUGCAGUUCUUUACCAGAAGAUCUGCAAAGGGGACCCUCCAAUACCAAAGUGGCUAUCACCAGGCGCCAGAACCAUGAUCAAGAGAAUGCUUGAUCCAAACCCAGUCAAGAGGAUAACUAUCACUGGGAUUAAAUCCAGUGAAUGGUUCCAGCAUGCCUACACUCCUUCAAACUACGAUGACGACGACGAAGAUGUUCACAUUGAUGAUGAAGACUUCUCGAUCCAAGAAGUUGGAUUUGAAGAAGGCAAAGGCCCUGAUUCCCCCACCGUGAUCAAUGCAUUUCAGUUGAUCGGAAUGUCAUCGUUCCUUGAUUUGUCUGGUUUCUUCGAGAAAGAGGAUGUAUCAGAGAGGAAGGUCAGGUUCACGUCGGAUAGCUGUGGGAAAGAUUUGCUAGAGAAAAUCGAAAGAACUGUUGAGGAGAUGGGAUACAGGGUGCAGAAGAAACAUGGAAAGUUGAAAGUAACGGAGGAAAGAGGUCAGACAGUUGAAGGCGGUGGUUUAUCUGUGACAGCUGAGGUGAUGGAGAUAAGUGCGUCAUUGAACGUGGUUGAACUCAGGAAAGUGCACGGGGAUUCAUCCCUUUAUAGACAGUUGUAUGAAAGAGUGGUAGAUGAAGUGGGCACACACGCCAAUUCUAAAGCCCUUGCCAAGGCUUCUUGACCCCCUCCUCUCCUCUCCUCUCCCUCCAGUCUCCCGUUUUAGAUGCAAAUCCCCGGCGCAUGGUUUUUCACUUGCCGGAAAGAAUGUAAUGUAAAAAAAAAAUCAUUAGUACAAUUAUAAUAAAAAAAAAGGAAAUAAAAAGGAUAAAUUCAUGUAUUUAAGUAGUGGAAUUUAUGGUUAGAAGAGAGUCCAUUGAAGAUGUAGGGAGGAAAAGCCCACGGGAUCAGCAUUGGAAUCGUCAUCAAUCUGCCGCUAUCACCCUCUAUUCCCUUUGUAAAACAGAAUGUGCAAGCGGAUGCAAUCCCAUACCAUUUGCAGUUUGUAUCA